AUGAACGCCGUGGGUAGGAUCGGGAGCUACAUCUACCGAGGCGUAGGCACGGUAUCAGGUCCGUUCCACCCAUUCGGUGGCGCCAUCGACAUAAUCGUCGUCCAACAACCCGACGGCACAUUCAAAUCGUCUCCCUGGUACGUCAGAUUCGGCAAGUUUCAAGGGGUAUUAAAGAACAGACGCAAUCUGAUCAAGAUCGAGGUGAAUGGUGUAGAUUCAGGCUUCACUAUGUAUCUGGCUCAUACAGGGCAAGCUUAUUUUCUAAGAGAAGUUGAAGAUGUGAGUCGUGCUGGUGAUGUCUACACUUUGUCCUCUGGCGAUGAGGAAGCAAAGAGUAGUAGUUGUGAUAGGGUUAAGAUACCGUUGAAGUCUAAGAGCUGUAACUAUGAUUCAGUUAGUCCUCGUGUUGUUGGGAAGCGUGGGAUUCUUGGGUUUGUCUUUGGUGGUAGAUCUGUUAAGGUGGAUGAUGAUGGUGUUACUUCCAUGGAGAGAGCUGAGUUUGCUGCUGAUCUUUUGGAUGUUAAGUGGUCUACUAAUAUCGAUACGCGGAAAUGCGUUAAAGGUAAAGAAGCGUCCAAGUCUUUUGAUGGCGAUGAGAGGAAGGGGAGGUUGUUAGUAGAUAGUGAUUCUAUAUUGGAAACUCCGCUUGUUGCGUCUCCUACGUUGCAGUAUCUUGAUGAGAAAGAGCAGGAUUUUCGUGAGAGCAGCAAUGUGGAAGAUUAUUCUAUUCUUGUUGGGAAUGGUUCGUGUGUUUCUAGUGGAAAGGUAGAUCUCUGUGUUGAACAGGAUGGUGUUACAGGAGGCGAUUUGGAUUCUAAGCAAGAAAUGUUGGGUGUUCCUGAAUCUGUUGAAAAUGUAUACCAAGCGGAUACACGGAGGAGCAUUGGCACUUCUCAAGAAGGGAGCAGCACAGGCUCUCUAUCUCUAGCUCAAGAUGUAAACGACAUGACCUUGGAAGAUGGUUUUGAAAAGACUCUGUCGGCAAAUGGAGCAAGGGAGGUUGAGGAGGAACAAUUUUCCUUCAGCGAUAUUGGCCAUUACAAAUCUGCUGAGAGUAGCUUUGGAGAGUCAAGUCUUCCUCAUACAGUGAAAGCUGAUGGGAAAGAGAUAUAUGAUGAAAAUGAAAUUAGUCAUGAAAAUGGCUUGGAGGACUCAAAGCUCUUGUCAGAGCCGAUUGAGAUAGAGAGAAGAAAGGAUAUCUCUGGAGAAGAGAUGGAGCGGUUGGCAGAAUCGUUACCGAUUAUGCGGCUUCAGAACAACAGUGAUAUCGAUGCCAGUUCUUUUCAGCCCAUGAGCCAGUCAUUUGACCCAAGUUCCAAUACUUUGAAUGCUGUAAACGUUUCUGGGGGUAGCACAAACGUUAAGGCAUUCAAACAUGUUAUCACUAAUCCUGAAGUUGUCGAGCUCUCUCUCUGCAAACACUUAUUACGUGAAGGAAUGGGAGCAGAAGCGGCUUCUCAGGCGUUCAAUUCAGAAAAACUGGAUAUGGAAAAAUUUGCAUCUCUGGGACCAUCAGUCUUGGAGAAUGAAAUGCUUAUAGUGAAGAUUGGUGGAUGCUAUUUUCCAUGGGAUGCAGCAGCUCCUAUUAUAUUAGGAGCGGUAUCAUUCGGGACUGCACAAGUGUUUGAGCCCAAGGGCAUGAUAGCUGUUGAUAGAAAUGAGAAACCUGAUGCUGUAUUGGCUCCGAGCGGUGGAAGCUGGAACCUUUGGCCUUUCUCUCAAAGACGAUCUGGCGAAGCUUCUUCUGAACUUGAGGAGAAACAAGAGAAGUCGUCGCCAAGACCAGUGAGGAAGACAGUCAGGGCAUUAACUCCAACUUCUGAACAAUUGGCUUCGCUAGAUCUGAAAGAAGGAAUGAAUACAGUGAAGUUCACCUUCUCCACCAAUAUUGUGGGUACACAACAGGUAGACGCGAGGAUCUACUUAUGGAAAUGGGAUGCUCGGAUAGUUGUUUCAGAUGUAGAUGGUACCAUCACAAGAUCUGAUGUCUUAGGCCAGUUCAUGCCUUUGGUUGGAGUAGAUUGGUCACAAACUGGUGUUACACAUUUAUUUUCGGCUGUUAAGGAGAACGGAUAUCAGCUGAUGUUUUUAAGUGCACGCGCGAUUUCUCAGGCCUCAGUCACAAGACAGUUUCUAGUUAAUCUCAAGCAGGACGGGAAAGCAUUGCCGGAUGGGCCUGUUGUUAUUUCUCCCGAUGGCCUCUUUCCUUCGCUGUUUCGGGAAGUAAUUAGAAGAGCACCUCAUGAGUUCAAGAUUUCUUGCUUGGAGGAAAUAAGAGCGUUGUUUCCUCCUGAACACAACCCGUUCUAUGCUGGUUUUGGAAACAGAGACACGGAUGAGAUAAGCUACCUUAAAGUCGGAAUCCCCCGGGGAAAGAUCUUCACUAUUAACCCAAAGGGAGAAGUAGCUGUGAAUCGUAGGGUGGAUACUAGGUCUUACACAAAUCUUCAUGCUCUUGUCAAUGGAAUGUUCCCAGCUACAACAACCUCUUCAGAACCGGAGGACUUUAACACAUGGAAUUUCUGGAAACUGCCUCCUCCACCGGUUAUGUGAUUAUUAUGAUGAUGAUGUUGGUUUAAGAAAGCGUGUAGAUUAGGUGAUAGAAUAACAAAUGGUGGCUUCCAUCUUGAUUUUAUCUUUUAAAGGACAGUAGUUUUGGUUCUUUGUUUUUUGUCACACUGGAUUCAUAUCACAGGUGUACGAUGUAUGCGCAGUUAUACGUGUAUAUAAAUAUAUUUAAUUUAUUGGACAGUCCAUAUGUUAAAGAACAAUCAAUAUACAUUAACGCAC